AUGCAUCCUGCCCCGCCCUCUAGCGCUGUCGCCGGGUAAUGACGUUCGCCGCCUGAAGUCACUGAAAGUCGGGCCAGGAAAAGGGAGCGCGAGCCCUUGUGGUUGGCGGGAAGUGGGUCUUACCUCCCGAGAUAUCUGAAACAAUGGCUGACUGGGGAGCAUACUAUGUUAAAGACCAGGGUGAUGAGGAUGAAGAACAGGAAGAUGGAGAAGCAGAACCUGGUGAGUUUCGCCAAGGAGGCAGGGACAGUCUAGUCUUCCUCGUUGAUGCCUCUAAAGCAAUGUUUAAGAGCAUGACUGAUGAUGAUUUAACGCCGUUUGACAUCGCUCUACAGUGUAUUCGCAGUGUCUACACCAGCAAGAUCAUCAGCAGUGACCGUGACCUCCUAUCUGUGGUGUUCUUCGGUACUAGGGAAAGCAAAAACUCUGAUAAUUUCAAACACAUUUAUACUCUUCAUGAUUUGGAUACACCAGGUGCCAAGCGGGUUUUGGACUUGGAUAAAUACAGAGAAGAGAAAGGACGGUUGUACUUUUCUGAAACUAUUGGGCAUUCAUUGGCCUUCUCUCUGGGCGAUGCCCUCUGGCACUGUGGAAAUCUCUUCAGCAACGUUAAGAUGAAGCUGAGUCACAAGCGUAUAAUGUUGUUCACUAAUGAAGAUAACCCACAUUCCAGUGAGUCUGCCAAAACCACCCAGGCAGUAACCAAGGCAAAGGACCUACGUGAAGUGGGGAUUUUCUUGGAUCUCAUGCAUCUUGAAAAAGAAGAUGGUUUUGACGUCUCUCUAUUCUAUCGUGAUAUUGUGAAUACUGAUGAUGACGAAGACCUUGGUGUGCAAUCUAAAGCUUCCAGAAAGCUAGAUGAUCUCAUGAGAAAAGUUCGGGCCAAGGAGAACAAAAAGAAAUCUUUGUGCAGAAUCCCUCUGAAGCUGGGUGACGACCUCCACCUUACAGUGGGAGUGUAUAACUUAAUCCAGAAAGCUAACAAACCACCUCCUGUAAAGUUGUACCGUGAGAGCAACGAGCCUGUAAAAACGAAGACAAGAACAUUCAACAAGGACACAGGAAGUCUCCUACUUCCCAGUGACACAAAGAAAGCUCAGACUUACGGUAAUCGUCAGAUUGUCCUGGAGAAGGAGGAGACUGAACAAGUGAAGAAGUUUGAUGAUCCUAGCCUUGUGCUGAUUGGGUUUAAACCAAUCAGUUUGCUGAAGAAGCACUAUUUCAUCCGGCCUGCACAGUUUAUUUAUCCAGAGGAGUCUCUUGUUAGUGGUAGCAGCACACUAUUUCAGGCUCUGCUCAUCAAGUGCCUGGAACGACAAGUGAUGGCCAUUUGUAGGUAUACCCCCCGCAGAAAUACACCGCCUCGUUUUGUUGCGUUGGUCCCACAGGAGGAAAAACUGGAUAAUGAAAAUGUGCAGAUUAAACCUCCAGGUUUCAAUCUAAUUUUCAUCCCAUUUGCUGAUGAUAUUCGUAAAAUUGACUACCCAGAGAUGGUUCCAGCUAAUGAGGAACAGGUGGAUAAGAUGAAAGAAAUUGUCCAUAAGCUGAGAUUUAAAUACAGGAGUGAGUCAUUUGAGAACCCUGUACUACAACAGCACUUUCGUAACUUGGAAGCCCUUGCUCUUGAUUUGAUGGAGCCGGAACCAAUUGAAGAUCUCACAUUACCAAAAACAGAUAUGAUGGAUAAUCGAUUAGGCUCUCUGACUGAAGAAUUUAAAGAACUAGUUUAUCCUCCUGGGUAUAACCCAGAAAGCAAAGCCGUGAAACGGAAGCAAGGUGAUGGUAAUAGCCAAGCUGGAAAGAAGGCCAAGACAGAAACAUCCAUUUCUGAAGCAGAGCUUAGAGCCUACGUGAAGAAUGGAACACUGGGAAAACUAACUGUGCCGGUGUUGAAGGAGUCAUGUCGUAAUUAUGGGUUGAAGGGAGGGAAAAAGCAGGAACUUGUAGAUGCACUUGUAGAUUACUUUAAUAAAAACUGAACCUUUA